AGAUGCGAGGGGACGAGCCCGGGGGUGGCUGGGGGGAGGUGCUGGGGGGACCGUGACCAGCUGGGAGGAUGCUGAGGGGACGGAACCAUCCCAGGCUCGUGGGGAGCAUCCCGGCAUGUCCAGCACUGAGCUCCAUCUCUGCCUGCAGGGCUCCUGGGACUCCCUGCCUGGCUCCUCCUGCUUCUGCCCUGCUGGGCCCUGGCUGUUCUCUGUGCAGGUGCCAUGGCCCUGCAGCUCCCCAGCAUCACCAUCCUGCGGAUGCCAACAGAGGCCCCCCAUCCAGGUGAGAGUGUGACGGUGUCAUGCGAGGCGACGAGUGGGCUCCCAGAGCUGACGCUGCUCUACUGGCUGGGGAACGGCUCCUUUGUGGAGAGCCUGUACCCGGACGGGGCCGUGCAUGAGGGGCCAGUGCAAGAGGAGCUGCGGGGCUCGGGGGCGGCCCUGCGCCGUGACCUGCACUUCAGCUCCUUCGACACCCGGCACCUGCUCACCAACUUCACCUGCGUGGUGCUCAGUCCCUUCGGUGUGGACACCAGGGAGGUGCGAUGGCCCCAGCCAGCACCAGCCCCUGCCAACUGUCGAGAGCGGGGGGCUGGGCUGAGACCAGGGAGACACUCGUGAGGGGUGAGCCCCGCAGUGAGGGUCCCUGCUCCAACAGCCCCGCACCGCUGUGUGCGCCUGGGACACCUCCAGGGAGGCCCAUCUCCGUGACCUGCUGUGGGGACCACAUGGCCCCACAUGUGCCAGGCCACUGAGCCUGGGGCUUCUGGUGCCUGGGCCAAUCCCUGCCCCGCCUGUAGCUGGCUAUGGGACCCCAGGGUUUAUUAAAGUACAUCGAGGCUGCCCCGUUGUCACCUGCAUCCUGGGGAUGUGCUGCCCAUGAGUGCACGGGGCACCUGUGGGAUGAGGAGGGAGGGAGAGGAAG